CCCUGAAAGCUCAGUUUCACCGAAGUGCUUCAAACUGUCCCUGCCUUUGUCUCAGACAACGCCGCGUCACUUUGAUGGGGAAUUCGAUAUCAAGGCGGGAAAAUGCCUGUUAUGAAGGGAUUGCUCGCGCCUCAGAACACAUUUUUGGAUACUAUAGCGACGCGUUUUGACGGCACACACAGCAACUUCAUCCUGGCCAAUGCACAAGUGUCCAAAGGUUUCCCGAUUGUGUACUGCUCGGAUGGAUUCUGUGAGCUUACUGGAUUUGCUCGAACCGAGGUCAUGCAGCAAAGCUGCGCAUGCAAGUUUCUGUAUGGGCCAGAGACUAGCGAGCACAUCAUUCUACACGUGGACUCUGCAUUCGAAGAACGUAGUGAGUUCAAGGAGGAGAUCAUUUUCUACAAAAAGAAUGGUAGUGUGUUCUGGUGUCUGCUAGAUAUUGUUCCUAUAAAGAAUGAGAAAGGAGAUGUGGUCCUCUUCCUCGCUUCUUUUAAAGAUGUCACUGACACCAAAGCAAAAUCUGUACUUGAGGAGAAGAAAGAAGAGUGCCGCCGUGAGAAGGUGAAGGGCGGGUCUCCGUUCAGCUCCACGCGGCUGCGAUCUAGCACAGUUCUCUACCAUAUUUCAGGACACCUGCAUAACCGUCAAAAACAAAGUAAAAUCAAACUUAACAAGAAUGUUUUUGGUGAUCCGCCUGCUCUUCCUGAAUAUAAAGUCGCUGACGCAGAGAAGUCCAAGUUCAUUCUUCUUCACUUCAGCACCUUCAAAGCGGGCUGGGAUUGGCUGAUCCUUCUGGCUACAUUCUAUGUUGCUGUGACAGUGCCAUAUAACGUUUGUUUUAUAGGUGAUCAAGACUUGACACGUAGCACCACUGUCACUGACAUUGCCGUCGAGAUUCUUUUCAUCAUUGACAUCGUGUUCAGUUUUCGUACUACGUAUGUGAGUAAGUCAGGGCAGGUGAUCUUCGAUGCGCGGCAGAUCUGCAUCCAUUACCUGACCACCUGGUUCAUCAUCGACCUGGUUGCCGCUCUGCCCUUCGAUCUCCUUUACGCCUUCAAAGUCAGCGUGGUGUCAGUGGUCCAUCUGCUAAAGACUGUACGCCUGCUGAGACUCCUGCGUCUGCUGCAGAAGAUGGACCGCUACUCCCAGCACAGUACGGUGGUGCUGACCCUGCUCAUGUCCAUGUUUGCACUGCUGGCUCACUGGAUGGCCUGCAUCUGGUACAUCAUUGGCAAGAAGGAGGUGGAGAGCAACGCAGACACCUGGGAUAUUGGUUGGUUGCAUGAACUCGGAAAGCGGUUGGAGUCUCCAUACGAGGAGAUGAGCAUGGAAGCGGUCAACAGAACGCUGAGCAGUGGUCCAUCUCUUCGGAGCAUCUACAUCGCAGCCCUGUACUUCACCCUCAGCAGCCUGACCAGCGUGGGCUUCGGAAAUGUCUCUGCCAACACUGACGCGGAGAAGAUCUUCUCCAUCUGCACCAUGCUCAUUGGAGCGUUGAUGCACGCUCUGGUCUUUGGCAAUGUGACGGCCAUCAUCCAACGCAUGUACUCACGCUGGUCCUCUUACCACACACGCACUAAAGACCUGAAGGACUUCAUCCGUGUGCACCACCUGCCCCAGAGCCUCAAACAGCGCAUGCUGGAGUACUUCCAGACCACCUGGUCUGUCAACAACGGCAUCGACUCCAAUGAGCUCUUGAAAGACUUUCCAGAUGAGCUGCGUUCAGAUAUCGCGAUGCAUCUGAAUAAAGAGAUCCUAGAGCUGUCUGUCUUCUCCUCUCUGAGCCGUGGAUGUCUCCGCUCUCUCUCCCUGCACAUUAAGACAUCGUUUUGUGCGCCGGGCGAGUACCUUCUUCGUCAGGGAGAUGCUUUACAGGCCCUUUUCUUUGUCUGCUCCGGCUCCAUGGAAGUGCUGAAGGACAGCAUGGUGCUAGCCAUCCUCGGUAAAGGCGACCUGAUUGGUGCAAACAUGUCCGUCGACGACCGUGUGAUAAAGACGAACGCUGACGUGAAGGCGCUGACGUACUGCGACCUGCAGUGCAUUAAUCUGAGGGGUCUGUAUGAGGUGCUCGACCUGUAUCCUGAAUACUCCCACCGUUUUGUGCAGGACAUUACACACGACCUCACCUACAACCUGAGAGAGGGACAAGAGAGCUAUGUCAUAUCCAGGAUGUCCAGUAAGUCCAUGCACACACAGAUGGAGGGGAGGGGAAAUGGAGAUGUGAUCCAGUGCUAUCCACCAAUAGCGGAGCAUCAAGACGAGGGAGAUGAUGAUGAUGAAGAUGAUCAGAUACAGUAUCCCGUCGGUAGAAACAAACAGAAGAUGCACAUGCAGAAAAAUGAUCACCAAGCCAACAAAAAGCUUCACAUUCAACAUACCACUGUCCCAAAUCCUGACCUCGCAAAUCUCAGCCCAAGGGUCGUGGAUGGCACAGAGGACAGUGAUGGGACCGAAAAAUCACACACAUUCAUAUUUUCCUCUGGCAAUGAGCACAGUGUCAGUGGUGGAACUGAUACCACUGCAACCACAGCAGAAUUAGCAGCUAAAUCAGAGGACACCAGAGGACAGCUACGCCACCUUAACCAAGAGGUGAGUGCUCUUGGACAGGAGGUGGCUGAGCUGGGACGAGUUAUGCGGAGUCUUGCCUUUCUCAUCGAAUCCAUGAUGGCCUCACCUCAAACACCAGGUGUCUGUACAUCCACAUUUACCUCGGGACAUCCAUCACCUGUUAUCCCCUUCCAGACCAAUGGUUCUUCCUGGACCAGCCCUCCUUUUCCCUCACAGAUGCACCCUGGAAUACGCCCGGGAGGACUUGUAUCCCAACUGUUCAGACCACAAGAACUGCGGCUGGUCUGCCCCACAACGUCUCCCAGUUCCUUUCCCAUCACACUUUCCUCCUCCUCCCAUACAGACAGAUUCAGAGAGCCGUUAUUUACGCUUUCUCCACAAAGCGCAGUCGCUCGGACCCGCUCACAAAGCCUGGAGACGCCUCUUCUGCAACAGCACCAACACAUCUCACACACCCCUGGAACUUUACCCAGAGCUGGACAGCCAUCGCUGGGAGAAGGCGAGGAUCUCAGGUCCAUGGGUUUGUAGCAGUCAACUUUAGUUCCUCUGGAAACUGCGUGUUAACCUGGACUCAGGACUGGACUGAUAAGAUAAGUGGUAAACGCACUGCAAAAGCCAUGGAGCAAUGGUUCCUUCGAAGAUAUACGUGUUAACCAUCUCAGUUUUUAAGAUAAUCUCUCUAACGGCAUGUCUUUCAAUGCUAGAAACUAAAGGGAUAUCUCUAAUCAGGAAAGCUUGCUGGAGAUCCAACAGUAGAAAGUUUAACCUACCAAAAAUAUAACAAACUGUUUUUGAUUCAGAUUCAUAUUAAAUCUGCCAGUUGCAUAAACAGCCACUAUGUUAAAGGGGAUGUCGGAUGCCCAUUUUCCACAAGUUGUUAUGAUUCUUUAGCGUCUUCAUGAAAUGUCUGCAAAAUACUUUGGUUAAAAUUCCUCUUUAAAUGAUAAUGAGCUACUGGUCUCUCCACCCGUCUUGUGGCUCUCAUGUUGGGAGAAAAUGUACUUUUAUGUUUACAUUAUUAUUACAUCCAACUGUAAAACACUUGUAUUGUUUACGAUACAUUGCUGUAACUUGCAGUUACAAGCAGUAAACUUGACAGAUGUUAACUGUCCCAUUGAAAAACAAGCUCAUUUUCAUCUUGGAAAAUGAACUCGUUGUCAACUUGGAACAUUCCUUCACAUACUGUAGAUCCAAAAAAUUUUUUGGAAACAUCAUGAAUGUAAAGGUGGGAAUACAUUUCACAGGUUAAGAAGUAAAAGGAGAAGAAUGGAGAAACUGAUUUAUAUUAGAGCAUCAGCUCUUUAAUCACAUGCUUAUUAUUAAGUAUUAGCAGAGCUUGAUAACUGACUUUAUCCUCCAAUUUAGUCAGAUAAGCCCUAUAUGGUGUAAAAAUACACUGUAUAUGCAUGUUUUAAAAUGCUGUUUAACAAACUUAAAUAGUUGAUGGGUUGUCUAAACAACUAGUCAGUCUUAAAUAAGCAUUGCACAAUUUAUAAUAGUCAUGUCAUUUCCACCAAAUACUAAUCAGACUAGUAAAAACUAACAAUAAACUGACAGAUAUUCUGUAAAUAAGCUACAUAACUAACCUUUAAUUGCACAAAACUACCAUAGUCCUCACAUAAAAAGAAGAUGGAUUAUGCACUGAUAAUGGGAACAUGCUCACAGCGUGCAAUCUGAAGUUUGACAGUAAUUGGCUUGGAAUUUAUUGUUGAAGGUUGUGAAUUCAUUACAAAAGCGGUGCUUCAUUGACUGUAGUAUUCAGGUUUUAAAGGGGAUGAAUUUAGGCUGUAUGGGGACAGGUAACUAUUAGACUUUUGCAUGCUAAUUCACAGCAUGAUGACAGCAUGCUAAAAGCCUUUGAGAAGCUGCAUCCUCUUUCAAACGCCAUGCUAAUAACAGAAACUGCUAAUACUUUACAUUUAUUAUUCAUCAUAUACGUAUUUAUCAAUGUUAAUUGGUGAAUAUAUUUUAAUUCAUGUUUAUUUACAAUACAUUGACUUAUUUUUUUUAAUUUUGUAAAAGUGCUGUGGAUGCUAACUUAAAGGGUUAGUUCACCCAAAAAUCUAAAUUAUGUCAUUAAUGACUCACCCUCAUGUCGUUCCAAACCUGUGAGACCUCCGUUUAUCUUUGGAACACAGUUUAAGUAAUUUUAGAUUUAGUCCAAGAGCUCUCAGUGCCUCCAUUGAACUGUGUGUACGGUCUACUGUCCAUGUCCAGAAAGGUAAGAAAAACAUCAUCAAAGUAGUCCAUGUGACAUCAGAGGGUCAUUUAGAAUUUUUUUAAGCAUCGAAAAUACA